AUGACAGAAAUAGAAGUCUGCAUCGACUCGGUGGAGGGUGCAAAAGCUGCUAGCCGGUAUGGAGCUACCCGGGUGGAAUUGUGUGCGAAUCUGAACGAAGGAGGGACGACACCGUCGGCAGGAAUGAUUGCCAUGGUCCGCGAGGCACUGGCAACGACCAGAACAACAGAAUUGUACGUUAUGAUUCGUCCUCGUGGGGGAAACUUUGUCUAUUCUCAAGACGAAUUGAGUGUCAUGAAACGAGAUAUUCAAAUGUCACGACAGCUAGGAGCAGACGGGGUUGUUCUGGGGUGUCUCACAGAAGGCGCUACUACAUGUAUUGAUGUACCCGUCACCAAGUCGUUGGUACAAUUGGCACAUCCUCUUUCCGUCACAUUUCAUAGAGCCUUUGACUGGACCAAUAAUCCAACUUCUAUGGAAGUAACGCUGGAAGCUGUCAUUCAAACGGGCGCCAAACGAAUCUUGACGUCUGGAUUGGCACCCUCUGUGGAGCAAGGCACGGCAACCCUGAAGAAGCUGACCAAACUUGCCGAGGGUCGCAUUGCCAUUAUGGCAGGUUGUGGUGUCCGUCCUGACCAUGUGAAACUGCUAGUCCAAACUACCAAUGUACAAGCCGUCCACUUUACGGCACGGAGAAAAGUCCUCAGCAGACAAGAAUUCAAUAACAUACCCAUGGGGGCCAGUGCGGAAGAUGACAUUCAGUACGAGGUCGACCAUGAAAAGAUGGAAGCAAUUCGUCAAGCUCUGCAAGAGUUGAGUUAG